AUGUCGCAGGAAGCCACGCGACAAUGGGGUGUUACAGCGCCGAUUUCACGGGCGGCUUCCUCUGCACAUGAGUUAGAGCUGGACGCUGAAUUGCUAAGUACCUUACAAAACCUUGGGCUCUUUGAAAACGAACACGAUGCACAAGAGCGAUUCGCUGUGUUGGAAAAGUUGAACAAACUUGUCAAACAGUUUGUGCUUCGCAUCAGCAAGCUGAAGGGAAUGCCGGAGUCGUUGGCAAAAGACGCCGGCGGGAAGAUCUUUACCUUUGGAAGUUACCAUUUGGGAGCUCAUACUGCAGAUGCGGACCUUGACACGCUCUGUGUGGUUCCUAAACAUGUUGAAAGAGAAUACUUUUUCACGGCCAUGUACGAUUUAUUAAAGGAGCAACCAGAAGUUACUGAGCUGACGGCAGUCCCUCAUGCGUAUGUACCUGUGAUCAAGAUGCAUUUCAGCGGAAUACCUAUUGAUUUUGUAUGUGCACGGCUUGAGCUUCCUCGCAUACCAGACAACCUGGAUCUUUCAGACAACAGCCUUUUACGCAAUCUCGACGAACGAUGUGUACGCGGCUUGAACGGAUCACGUGUUGCUGACGAAAUAUUACGCCUUGUUCCCAAUAUCCCAGUCUUCCGCACAGCUCUACGUACUGUAAAGUUUUGGGCAAAACGGCGCGCCAUCUAUUCGAACGUUAUGGGAUUUCUCGGCGGCGUUGCCUGGGCACUGCUAGUCGCUAGGAUAUGCCAAUUGUAUCCUAAUGCAUGUGCAGCUGCUAUCGUCAAUCGGUUCUUCCGUAUCAUGUAUCAGUGGAGUUGGCCCCAACCAGUGCUACUCAAGCAUACCGAAACGGAACCAUUGGAAUUUCGAGUGUGGGACCCUGAAUUAUACCCGGCAGACAGAAGCCAUCGGAUGCCAAUUAUCACCCCGGUCUAUCCUGCCAUGUGUGCGACGCACAAUGUAACAGAUUCAACAAGGGCAAUUAUGAUAAAGGAAUUUAAACGGGGUGCAGAUGUUGUGGAUAGGAUUAUGGUCGGCUCUGGUAGCUGGACAGAUCUAUUCGACAAGAGUGAUUUCUUUCAUGCUUACAAGCAUUAUCUGCAAGUGAUUGCAAGCUCAAAAUCGCCAAGAGCACAGUUGGAGUGGUCCGGAUUGGUGGAAUCAAGGAUACGACAAUUACUUCUCAAGCUGGAGCUGGUCGACAUGCUUUUACUGGCCCAUCCUUACAUUCAAGGGUUCGAGCACAUUCAUUACUGUCACUCUGAACGAGAGAAGAUCGACGUAGCGAAAGGAAUAUUCGUACCGGAGCGAACAUUUGCAGUAGGUGGAAGCAGUUCUGAUGUUCGAAGGAAGCAACAACUCGGUAACAAUGCAGGCCAUGCAAAUGGUCAAGUGGAUACCAUGGAGACUGUAUAUACGACAACAUUUUACAUUGGUCUAUAUGUGGAACCAAAGCCUGAUCGAUCUCAGGGCCCACGAAAAUUAAAUUUAAUUUGGCCAACACAAGAAUUUAUCAAGCUUGUCAAAAGCUGGGAAAAGUUUGAUGAAUCAUCGAUGGAGAUCGUGGUGAAAAACUUGAGAAGGUGGGUUGCAACCACUAUGCUACCUUCAGAGCUUUCGAACGAGGAGAGGCAAUUGAAGCUUGCACGAAACAGGGCACUUGGAUCUCCAAAGAAUCAUGACGUCGUGUCUCCCUUGACCACGGAGUAG